ACGGUACAUUCUGCGGCUAGUAGCCAGCAAGGCAGACAACCGAGAAGAUCUAACCGAGAUGCGAUACUCCAUGGCAAUGAUCCCGAUUCUGGGCCUGCUGCUCGUAGCACUGGUCCACGCCGCUCCCGUCGAGGUUGUCUACACGGGCGAAAGUUGCGCCUGUCCCACCCAGUUGGGUUACCAGCUGAAUGUGCCCAAUACACCCAAGCCGAAGAAGUAUGUCGGUGGCGAGUACGGCUAUCGGGUGGAGAAGCCCGUCCAGACGAAAGCCAAGAUCACCUACAGCUUUGACUUCACUGUGGAGCAGCCGAGGACACCGGCGCCGCCCAAGAACAAUCCCGCCAAGCUGUAUGCCAAGGUGGACCGGAUCACAGUCAACAAAGCGGAUUGCCAGGCCAAGAACAAGUCAACAUGCGGCUGCUCGAGUUGCUCCGGCCAAAAACCCAGGUACGUAGCUUCACCGGUCAGGUCGCCGAACGCCAUUCGUCGUCGCAGGGAUCUUCGCCAGCCGGGUUCGCUGCUCCGCCGUCGGCUUAUGCGCCAACAACAGAUCCAGGAGCGUCCGCCACGCUUUGUGAAGCUCUACCACAAGGAUUUGACUCCUGCGCAGGAGAAGCAUCAGCUUAAACUUUUUGGCCUUUUCCCCGUGGAAUCACCAGAGUCAGUCGCUGCCGCACCCAAGACCAAGAGAAAGACGAAGAAAACCCUGCCGAGCUGGAUGGGAUUGGGACGGCGUUUAAAAAAGCGAGAUAUUAAGGGAGAGUUUGAUCUGCUGGAGCAAGAACGAUCCCAGAUAGAUCUGACUGCACCGGAAAUAAUCCAGUUCAUGCCCGAGACUCUGAAUCCGGACUUUCGGCCCGGUCAGUGCCACAUGGGCUGUGGAGCGAUGACAGCAUCGGCACCACCACCAGAAGAGCCAAUGCCCAAGGAGGAGCAAGUGCCUCAAACGACGCAGCCUGUGCCAACGGAACCGCCAGAGCAGCUCAACUCGAUUCACGCCAAGAGGGCCGCCUAUGGUUACUAUCCCCUGCAGAUUCCCUCGCCACUGGGCCGCCGGGAGGACUACAAGUUCGUGGAUGACUCGCAUCUUAGAAGCCUGCUGUCCACCACUUCUGUGCCGGAUCCGCAGGAGUACAGCUCCACGCCGCUGCAGUUUGCCGGUGAUUUGGAAUCGGUUACAAGAAGAUCCUAUGGGGCACCACUUACGGGUCUCGGCGGUGGCUAUCCCGUGGAGCACGUCUCCGACUCUCAGCUGGACAGUAUUAUCUCGGGGAUAGUGUACAAUCAUCCUGCCUACGAUCACUACUCCACAGAGGGCAGUCUGGUCGAUCCGGAGCCCAUUCAAAAGCAACAGACCACGGAUUUUCUCAAGAAACUCAUCGAUGGCCGGCUGGGCGGCUGGGGUUUCGAUCAGGGAUCGGAAACCGAGCACAGUUUACGCAAUGAUUACUCCACACAACCAGCGAAGACCUAUGGCUACAAUAGCCACACCCAAAAUGGCUACAGUAUAGACACCUAUAAUGCGCCACCCAUUACGGAUUACCUGAGGGCCUGGUUCUAGUGCCCAAAAAUAACCACCCAAAAUAAAAUACAUAGUGUUUAGAACUUAGUUUACACAAAAAAACAGAGAAAAUCAUAGACGAAAAGUAAACAAAAAAAAAA